AUGUUCAGACCGCCGUCUUCAUCUCGGAUUGCACGGCCGUUCCGUGCGAAGCUGCGUCGCUCAUUUGCGACCGUGCAAGACCCUCCUGUUCGACGCUAUGGAGGUUUGAAGGACCAGGACCGUAUUUUCACAAAUGCAUACUGCAGGCACGACCAUGGUAUUAAGGGUGCACAGACACGCGGGGACUGGCAUCGCACCAAGGAUAUCAUCUUGAAGGGCGACUCCUGGAUCAUCCAAACUAUCAAAGAUUCAGGCUUGAGAGGACGUGGAGGUGCCGGCUUCCCCAGUGGCCUUAAGUGGAGUUUCAUGAACAAGCCUGGAUGGGAGAAGGAUCCUAGACCUCGCUACCUGGUUGUAAACGCUGAUGAGGGUGAGCCAGGGACUUGCAAGGAUCGCGAGAUUCUUCGUGGCGACCCGCACAAGCUUAUCGAAGGCUGUCUCGUCGCUGGCCGCGCCAUGAACGCAACUGCUGCAUACAUCUAUAUUCGUGGAGAGUUCUACCAAGAGGCGUCUCAUGUGCAGCAGGCCAUUAAUGAGGCGUAUACCGCCGGUUUCCUCGGCAAAAACGCGUGCGGGAGUGGUUACGCAUUCGAUAUCUACCUCCAUCGUGGGGCAGGUGCAUACAUCUGCGGUGAGGAGACCGCGCUUAUCGAGAGUCUGGAAGGGAAACAAGGAAAGCCUCGCCUUAAGCCCCCCUUCCCCGCCGACGUUGGCUUGUUUGGUUGCCCGACUACCGUCGCGAACGUGGAAACUGUUGCUGUCGCACCCACAAUCUGUCGUCGUGGAUCUGCAUGGUUUGCCGGCUUUGGAAGGGAACGGAACCAGGGUACGAAACUCUUCUGUAUCAGCGGUCAUGUGAACAAUCCCUGUGUGGUCGAGGAGGAGAUGAGUAUACCCUUGAAGGAGCUCAUUGAGAAGCACUGUGGUGGUGUUAGGGGUGGAUGGGAUAACCUGCUUGGUAUCAUUCCUGGUGGAAGCUCCGUUCCCGUAUUACCGAUCAAGAAAUGCGAGGAGGUCUUGAUGGAUUAUGAUUCCCUCAAGGAUGCUCAAUCUGGUCUUGGAACCGGUGCUGUUAUUGUAAUGGACAAGAGCACUGACAUCGUUAAGGCCAUCGCUCGCUUCGCCCAUUUCUAUAAACAUGAAUCGUGUGGCCAGUGCACUCCUUGCAGAGAGGGCACUACCUGGAUGAUGAACAUGAUGGAUCGCUUUGUGGAGGGCAGGGGCCACCAACGCGAGAUUGAUAUGCUUCUUGAGCUGACUAAACAAGUCGAAGGCCGCACGAUUUGCGCCCUGGGUGAUGCUGCUGCAUGGCCUAUCCAGGGUCUUAUGCGACACUUCCGCCCAGAGGUUGAGAAGCGCAUUGCGGCGUUCCGCGAGGAGAAUGGACCCGUGCUAUUUGGCGGUCGUUUGAAGAGUCAGACGGAUCCUACCCUGGCUAUCCCCGACAACAUGGGUGCCAAUCUGCCUGAAGUUGGCGCGCCAGGAAAUUGA